GCAGAACUCGGGACGGUGCCGACCCAAUUCUCUCGAUUAAUCGUGUGAACAUCCAACAUGCCGGUUUUUAAUUUGCCCUUUACUUUUGUUCAAUUUUCAAUUAAUGUUUUAAUAAAUAAAAAAACUAAGGGAUUAAGUCAACAUUCUUGACGAUUCUGCGUUUAUGUUGAAUGAUAAAUUUCUGAAGAGAUCCCAAUUCCCACUAGAUUUACAGACGGCGAUUCGAUUAUAUAUCCUCUUUCCGCCCUGAAUCUAUCUAUCUCCGACCGCCGCCAUGUCCGAUUCGAUGCCGCCGCCAAUCCAGUGGAGGAGGCCGCCCGACCAGGACCGCAACAACUCCUACAACAUGAGCACCGGCAUCCUCGCCACCGGCUUCAUCUCUCUGGCGCUCGUCCUGGCCGUCCUCGUCUUCCUCCACAUCUACGUGCGCCACGUCCUCCGCCGCCAGAUUCCCCGUGGCGGCGGCAGCCGCCGCCGCCUCACCGCCGUCGACCUGUUCCGCUUCCACGCAGUCAUCGCCGGCAUCGACCAGCACCCGGACGCCGCGGGGCUCGAUCCCGCUGCCAUCGCCGCCCUCCCGUCCUUCCCCUACCGGAAGACGCCCCCCGGGGAGGAGGUGGAGGAGGAGGCCGCGGGCGGCGGAGCAGAGUGCGCGGUGUGCCUCAGCGCGGUGGAGGAAGGGGAGAUGGUGCGGCGGCUUCCGGCGUGCAAGCACGUGUUCCACGUGGGCUGCGUCGACAUGUGGCUGGCAUCGCACGUUACCUGCCCGGUUUGCCGCGCGACGGUGGAGCCGAUUACGGCCAACGCCGAGGUGGUGGAAGUCGGAGAACCUUCGCUGUCGGCGGCCGCGGCGGGGCCGUCGGGAGCGAAGGAGGGCGGGUCGGCGUCGUCGCGGUUUGCUUUGAGCGCGUCGCUGAAGAGGAUGGUGAGCCGGAGCCGGUCGUCGUCGAGCCGGCGGUCGCCGGAAGAAUCAACAGAAGAUUUGCCGUCUAAUCUGGACAGAUUGUGAUUCAACCGUAACAGUGUUCAAUAAAAUUUCGCCAAAUAAUUAUUUUGUAUAUUAUGAUUAAAUUUUCCCCUCAUUUGCUGCUGCUCAA